AUGCUCAACUUCAUCUACCGAGUGUCGGAGGCCGACCCGCUGAAGGAGGAGCCGCUCGCCGGAGACCUGUCCGAGGAGGAGCGCUGCGUACACGCGCUCGCCGUCCAGUCGCUCUGCGGCAUUCUCCGCAUCAUACCCCUGGCACUCGACAUGCUGCUGCAGACGCUGUCUCAGCGGAUGCCGUACGUGAAGCGGCCGGCCCGGCAGCAGGCGGCCUACGUCAGCAGCUUGCUGUUGCUGUCCGGACAGCUGCCGCAGGCCCGUCCGCAGCUGCUGCGGCUGGUGUACCGGCGGCUGCUGCAGCUGGACGUGCUGUGUCCGCGCGACAGUCUGGCGGCGGCCGGGGACGCGCCGCCCGACGAGGCCGUCACGCUCGACGCGCUGAUGAUGGUGGUACUGGGACACAUGGAGUCGGUCUGCUACCCUGGCGACGACCGGCAGCUGGACUGGGCCGCCACUAAGCUGAUCUACGCCGACCUGAUCAGGGAGCUGGCGCUGCCCACGCCGAGCACAGCGCACGCUCAGUUCUGGCUGUUCUGGCUGGCCGGCCGCCGUCUGCCGCUGGCCGAGCACCUGAUAGACUGGCUGUGGCGGCGCGUCGAGAACCCCCGCUCGCCGGCCGUGCUCCGACAGGCGGCCGCCGGCUACAUCGGCUCGUUCUUGGCGCGAGCCAACAUCGUCAGCAUCGAUGUGGUGCGUCCGGCGCUGGAGCUGAUGGCCGGCUGGGUGCACCGCUACCUGACGCGCCAGGACGGCGCCGCCCGCGAGCGCGCCGACUUCACCAUGCACCGGCCGUUCUACGCCGUCUGCCAGACGCUGUUCUACGUGUUCGCCUUCCGACACACGGAGAUGCCGCCGACGCGCGCCUACAUGCCGUUCCUGAGGUCGCUGAAUUACGAGCGCAUGGUGACGUCGCAGCUGAACCCGCUGCGGUUCUGCCUGCCGGCCGUGGUGAAGAACUUCGCCAACGUGGCCCGCCACUACCAGCUGGCAUACUGCUACACCGUCAUCGAGCGCAACAACCGGGUACAAAUACCGGUCGUCGUUAGCACCAACUUCGGCUUCAAACGUCUCAGCGCUGAGCAGCUGUACAGCAGCUACUUCCCGUUCGACCCCUACCUCCUCAAGCACUCGGCGCCUCACAUCCGGCAGUGCUACCGGGAGUACACGGGCGAAAGUGCGGUGGACUCGGACUCGGACUCGGACUCGGAUGAUGAGAUGGAGGCGGACGCUGCCGCGGCGGCGGCGCUGGCCGAGUUUCAGUACGGCGUUUCACCGGGCUUCAAGCACUGACGCCGGCCGUGCGGGGUCGUGCCGCGCGCGAGCUCUGCGCCACGUCAGCGGCCGGCCUGCGGGGCGCGCUGCAGUGUCGGCGGGGGAUGCCGGAACUGGCCGUCUCGAGCCGGCUCUCGUGGUGCGGUGUGACGGUGUGGAGGCGGUGUGCGUGUAUACCUCGCGGUGGCGUCAGUUGAUAGAGUUUGAAGUGUGAGA